AACAAGACCAUCCAUCUGUCCCCUUCACUUUUCCACCCGCGCGUACACAGCAACUAUCUGCUAGAUUUCUUCAUUCAUGAACGUUAUAAAUGGCCAAGAGUAUUAUAGAAUGCGCCCCCAACCUGGGCAUCCCUUCCUCGCCACACACUGUUGACGUUUCCAUCAUUGACACAACCGCCACGGUCCGGGGAGUCUCUGCGGGACUGUUCCUAUCCCCGCCUGUCGAAGGCUACGACUUACUAGCGGUUCCCGUCUUUUCCUUUCUCAUCCAGCACCCUGGCCUCCAACGGUCCAUCAUCUUCGACUUGGGGGUCCGCAAGGACUGGAAUAAUCUCAGCCCGCCAUUACGGUCCCAAAUCGACCGCUUGGGCUGGACUCUGCAGGUGGAGAGGGACGUGAGCGAGAUUUUGAACGAUGCUGGCAUUGACGUCACCAGCAUCGAAGCUGUCAUCUGGAGCCACCACCACUUCGACCACACCGGGAACCCCAACACCUUCCCUCCAAGCACCUCGCUCAUUGUCGGGCCAGGGUUCAAGAGCAUGCUCCCGGGAUACCCAACGAACCCCAACUCUGUCAUCCUCGAGAGCGACCUGGUCAACAGACAGCUGAUCGAGCUGGACUUUAGCGUCGGGACGUCCGGCGCCCACACCUUUAAACCCCUGACUGUUGGCCGUUUCCGCGCGCUCGACUACUUCGGUGACGGCUCCUUCUACCUACUCGACACGCCCGGCCACGCGGUCGGCCACAUUAGCGCGCUCGCCCGCGUCACACCUAGCCCGGAAGCGUCGUUCAUCCUCCUCACCGGCGACGCCAUCCACCACCCGGGCGAGAUCCGCCCGAGCAAGUACCUCCCGCUGCCCGCGGACAUCAUCCCGGACCCGUUCGCGCCGGACCCACACCCGCUUGAAUCGCACUACGGCUGCCCUGGCGCUACGUUCGACCCCCUUUUCGCCGGGCGUGGCCGGCCGGCCUGUGGGCCCGUGUACGAGCCGGCGCGGGCGGAAAGGUCUGUGGAGGCGUUUAGCCACGACAUCGACGACCUACUGGAGACGGUGGCCAAGCUGCAGGAGGCCGACGCGCACGACAAUGUGUUUGUCGCGGCCGCGCACGACGAGGCGCUAUUAGAUCACGUCGUCUUCUUUCCAGACGGCAAGAUGAACGAGUUCGCACAGAAGCAUUGGGUGAAGCGCGUGCGUUGGCGGUUUCUGAGGGACUUUGCCGGUGCCGUGGGCAAGCUGGACCAUGAGGUUGGGAGGCGGCAUUGGGGUUAGUCAUAAAGGGUAGCGGGAAUGAGAAUGUCUCGGCGUGGGUGUUUGGGGCUUGAAAAGGGGGGCAGUACAAAUUGGACCGAAUGUGGUUUCUUUACAAAGCGCAGAACUAGUAACACCGCAAAGCACCCGCACACAUAGGUGACCUGAGGGCAAACUCAACCUACCUGAGGCGCUGAUGGAUUAUUUUACCGCUUAAUUACUCCGGAAUCUCUUCCAAUGGCCGAAUAAAGUACUUUGUGGGACGUGCUUGAAGACUAC